GUGGUGGUAGAUUUAAAGGUGGCUAGGAUUCUAAGUUAGAACAAGGUCCCUCAUCCAUGAUAUUUUUUCAGAGGGUUUGUGAAUUUCUUAAAUUGCGUGCGAAACUUUGUGCAUGUGUGCAUUUUUGUGGGUUGAGGGUCUAUCACUUUCAUCAGAUACUAAAAAAAAUAGUUAUAUAAAGCAAUAGUCUGGUGAUGAUGGGGACCUGAUGUUGGGCACUGUUAGAUGGAGUAGGGAACUAGUUAGGUGAUGUGUUCAGUGGUUCUUGGUGCUUGGCUGGGUGUGGGGACUGAAGGAUAGGGAGGGGCCUGGAUGACUCCCAGUUUCUAGCUGGAAAAUACUGUAAUUUCCUGAAAGCGAGAGUAUAGGAGAGGAGUGCAUCUAGAGAGGAAGGUGAUGAGUGCAGUGUUAGGCAUUUUUGCAUUUAAUGAGCCUGUGGAACAGCCCAGUGACAGUGAGAAUCAUUGGCCUCAUUUUUCUGCCUGAAUAAUUUAGAACCCAGAAUGAUUUGCUGAAGAACUUCCAUCAAAAUAUGGCAGAUAUCAAAGGCUUUAAUAAAUGUUUUUUUUAGAGCUCCUGGACUGAUUCAAAAGAAAGCCUUAAGGAGUUGUAAAGGCAUUAUAUUAUAAUGUAGGAGUUUUCAAAUCAUUCCAGUGUUCGAGGGAUUUGAGGAGAUGCUUUAGGAUUCCACUAACAAUAGAACCAAAUUUUAUUUUUAAAUCAUAUUUGAAAUAGCUAUAUAGAUAAUAUUUAUAUAAUGUGCAUAAAUAUGUUAUACUGACAUUUUAACCCACUAGAGACUGCUAACAUCUUGCUUUACACUGCUGGGUUAACCCAUUUUUGGGCAACCUUGGAAUAAGGCUCUCCUGCCUUCUCUCUUUUAUUGAAAAGUAUCCUGUGAUGACAGGGUUAUCAUUUGCAACAACUUAUCUGUAACAGCCCUCUAACCAGACGCCCUUUUUUAUUCUUGUCCUAUGUAGUUAGUUCUUCACCCAGUAGCCAGAGUCAUCUUGCUAAAACAGAAAUCUAAUCAUGUCAUUUGACUACUUCAAAGCCUCCAGCAUCUUCCUGUUAAACCCAGACAUUUGUAGUGAUCUACAAGACCUUCUGUGAUCUGGCCCCUGCCUGUCUUCCUCCUCAUCUGUCUUUCUCCUUAAUCCUGCUCUAGCCGUAUUGACCUUUUACUGUUCCUUGCAUCAAACUUGUUCCCUCAAGGCCCUUAAACUUGCUGUGCCCUCUAUCUGAAAUGCUUUCCCUCCACACCUGCGUAUAGCUGCCCUCACUUCAUUCAGCCUUCAUAACUCUCACUUCUUCAGAGCGUCUUUUUCUAUCUAAAAUGCUCACCCCUUCCUUUAGUCAGUCUGUAUUGCCUUAACUUGCUUCAGUUUUUCUCAUAGCAACCACUGUUUCCUAAUAAUAUGUUUUUCUUGUUGGUCUGUUUACUCCCUCUUAAAUAGAAGCUCCAUGAGGUUAGAGGCUUUGUCUGUCUUUGUAUCUCCAGCUGAUGUGUCCCCAGCACCUAGUAGGUGCUCAUUGACUACUCAGGAGUGAAUGAAGGAAUGAAUGAAUCAGAUUUUCUUGCUACUCCACAAAUGAAGUGAGAGUAUAGAAAUAAAUUGGAUGAUGAGACUGAUAAAAGAACCUGGACUCAGGAGUCAGACUUGGGUAAUAGCCUAAGGUCAUACCUGUAAGUGGACUUAGAGUAGGGUCUUCAAAUACAAUGGGAGAAACUUUCAGUUGGAGCAGGGACGUUAAUUGACCACCUCAUGAUUUAUUCAUUCUUUUCCCUUCAUCAGGUACAUUGUUUUUCCCAAAAAAAGUGACCAUGUCAGAAUGAAAGGAAGCCAUCUGUGUAGACUGUUGUCUGUGGAACUUUUGAAGACAAUAAAAUAGUAGCAGAUUCCAUAAGGAGCGUCUUUGGAUCGAGCUAUGGUGAAAAAUGUUUCGGAAAGGCAAAAAACGACACAGUAGUAGCAGUUCCCAAAGCAGUGAAAUCAGUACUAAGAGCAAGUCUGUAGAUUCUAGCCUUGGGGGGCUUUCACGAUCCAGUACUGUGGCCAGCCUCGAUACAGAUUCCACUAAAAGCUCAGGACAAAGCAACAGUAAUUCAGAUACCUGUGCAGAAUUUCGAAUAAAGUAUGUCGGUGCCAUUGAGAAGCUGAAACUCCCUGAGGGAAAAAGUCUGGAAGGGCCACUAGACCUGAUAAAUUAUAUAGAUGUUGCCCAGCAAGAUGGAAAGUUGCCUUUUGUUCCUCUGGAGGAAGAAUUUAUUAUGGGAGUUUCCAAGUAUGGUAUAAAAGUAUCAACAUCAGAUCAGUAUGAUGUCUUGCAUAGACAUGCUCUGUAUUUAAUCAUCCGGAUGGUGUGUUACGAUGAUGGUCUGGGGGCAGGAAAAAGCUUACUGGCUCUGAAGACCACAGAUGCGAGUAACGAAGAAUACAGCCUGUGGGUUUACCAGUGCAGCAGCCUGGAACAAGCACAAGCAAUUUGUAAAGUUUUAUCCACGGCCUUUGACUCUGUCUUAACAUCCGAGAAAUCCUGAAUUCUGCCAUCAAGUGGACGUCACCGUCAUUUGAAAGUUCAUUUGCUUUCUAACCAGCUCUUUUCAAUCUGCAAUGCUGAAGUAUUGUGGAAAUUGGAAGUGACCCCUUGUUCUGGAUUUUCUGAAGAAAAUGCAGGGUAUGAAGUAUUGGUCAUUUGUUUUUAUAUUAAAAUGUAUCUUAUUAAACAAUGAGUUAACUCUCAAUGAA